CUCAGCAGGUCAGUGUGCAGACGGAGGACACCAGGAGCUCCACUCUGCUUUUUCAGGCUGGUCGUCGUGAAGUGUUUUGUAGGGACGAGGAUGGCAGCGAUGUACCGAUCAGCCUCUCCGGAACAAAAGGAAAUAAUGUCUCUGUACGGACGAGGAAGAGAGCAUUACUUUGUCGGGGAUGAGGACUGUCACAGUGAGGAGUAUGAUCUGGAUUCGGCGUGCGGCGACGAGGGUGACAGAAGCGUUCGCCGGUCUCUGUCCGUGGAAAUCUACGGCUUGCAGAGGCAGCAGCAGGUUUACUUCUCCAACCAGGAGUACUACAGGAGGCUGGAGGAGCUGAAGAGCGCUCACCUGAGGAACAUGGCCGAGCUGGAGAGGUUAUACAUCAGCCACGGCAGAGAGUGGCACGGAGAGGAAGAUGAUGGAGGCCUGGGAAGAGGAGACGACAGAGAGGCCAGACUGUCAGUCAGUAGUGGCCCCGCCAGGAAACUCCAGAGGAUCAACUCUCAGGAGGAGCUGGACUUUCACGAGACAUCAAGCGGUUCUGACCAGUCAGAGCUCUAUAGAGCGGACAGCAUGGGGGAACUGGAGCUGGACAAUCCAAGAGGGACUGCCCAGGACCGAACCUUUGUGAGAGAGAUCCUGCUGAGCCCAGAAGAAAUGACGACUGAGAAGCAGUUUCUGUUCCAGCCCGAGGCCUCAGAUUCAAAACUGCAUGGACGACUGCCCCGUCAAACGGGAGUCAGAGCAAACUCCAAGGUCACCGUGCCCAAACCCUUUCAGAUGAUGCUGAGAGAGGAGGAGAGGAAGAGGCACAAGGUGCGGACACGCUCGGAGAUCGAGCUGGAGAACACGUUGCUGAGACGGGAGCUGGAGGAGCUCCAAGAAUGCCAGAAAAAGUUCAGAGCGUCACCAGCGCCGGCGCACAUACAUCUUCCUCUUUAUGAAAUCAUCAGCCGUCGCUCCGGUCAGCGAAGUAGAAACAGCAACAGUAAUAGAAAGCAUGACACCAAAAGAAACCAAACCUCUGCUGCUGCUUCACCACAGCCUUUCCACUUCCUGGAGAGAGAGAGGAGGAAGAGGGAGGCGAAGAUGGUGGAAGAGUUUGGGAAGCUGGGACCGAAAGGGGAACGGCAAGCCUUUAGGGCUAGACCCAUGCCCAGCUCAGUAUACGGCACCAGAGACAGAGCCGACACCAAGACCACAAGCUGCCAGCCGGAGUUUCUCACCGUCUGCACACUGGAGAGGGAGACCAGAGUGAUCCAAACUCCAACAUGGAGCCGGAUGUGCUCCAAACCAAGUCAGACACGAAGGAGCAGGUAGACCUGACCAGUGUGAAGGAGACACAACAACAUCUACUUACCUCUGCAGCCAGGAGGUCAGCGGACGAGAGUCAACGUGUGAGAGACUUUCGUAAAUCAAAGGAAACCACUAACCACCAUGACUGAAUCCUGCAACUGCUUAUUCAGAGUGUGACAGAGUUGUACAGUAAUUCCUGAUCGAACAGCUCGACGUGGUUCAGACCUGACGUAGAAAUGUAUGUGCUGUUUCCUCAAAACAUUGUUUGGGUUAUUUUAGAAGAGCAGACUGACACAGAGUCUUUGUGAACAAAAUUAAAUGAAACGUUUCUCAUAGAAAAUAUUGAAUUAAAG